CGCUCGCGUCACGUGACCGCUCAUCUCACCCUCUGUUCGGCCUCGGCACAACGCAGUACUGUAUCCGAUAUUAAUAUCGCUGCAAUUAAUAUUAUUGUUAUUGUCGUUACGGUGCCGUUAUUAUUAAUAAUAAUUGUUAAUGCGUGCCUUUUAAAACAAAAAAACUAAACAAUUCCUGAGGAGAAUGCGCGGUGCCUCGUAACGAAUGUUAUAAAAGGGUGGACAACUGUGAUAUGGAGAAGAAGGUCGAGCAAGGGGUGGAGCAGGAGAUGGACGGUGGGAUCAUAGAGGAGUUGGAACGCGCAGUGGAUGGUGGCACAACGGACGAGGUGGGGAAUGAGACCGUGGAGGAGAUUGAGUGGAAAAAGGUGGACAUCGGGGCAACGAAGGAGGUGGAGUUGAAGGAGGUGUGCCAUUGGGCCGAGGAAGAGGUGGAGCAGCAGGUGGACUAUAGGUCUAUGGUGGUGAUGAAAGAGGUGGAGAUUAGAACUGCGGAGGAGAGGAAGCACAUUGACAAUCAAACUGUGGAGGAGGUGGAGCAGGAGCGAAAGGAGGUGGACUUUGGCACUGUGGAAGUGGUGGAGCAGUUGAAAGGGGUGGACAGUCAGACCAUAGAGGAGGUGGAAACGGAGGUGGAGAAGUGCAUGGACCGCGGAUAUGUGGAGUUGAUGAAAGAGAUGGACGUUAGGGCUGUGGAGGAGGUGAAACAGAGGAUGGAACAUGGAGGGGUGGAGAAGGUGAUGGAGGAGGUACGCAAUGGAUCUCUGGAGCAGGUGGAGCAGGAGGUCAAUUAUGUGAACCCGAAGGAGGUGAUGACGGAGGUGGAAAACAAGGGUGAGAUGGUGCAGGAGGUGGACCGUGGGGCGGUGGAGGAGGUGGUGAGGUUGGAGUUGAAUGAGGUGGAUGAUGUGGGUCAUGCAUGUUUGGAUGUGGUUGAUCAAACACCAAUGCAGGUGGAUCACAGGGCCAAGGAGGUGGCAGCGGUGGAGCGCAUCCUCAUCAGCCAAGCACCCUCUGAAGAUGGUUGCAGGGCAGAACAUUUGAGCACUGCAGACAAAAAUGUGUUUCCAGGUCCCGUCACGACAGACUCCGAAACGGCGGAAAGCCGCCAGGGCACCGUGGCUCCCUGCAAACAGCUCGAUGUCGUCCACCGACAGCAGCAGGGACUCGGCAAGAACGUCGACGUCUGGACCGUGAAACGUGAGGGGGCCGCAGGUCAAGGCAUCGCGAACGUGGAGGUCCACGGCGGUCGGUGUUGGUACGUGUGCGCAGAGGUGGACUGCGGCACAAGGUUCAGGAGGAGUGGAGACGCCCAGCUGCACGAGCAGGUGCACCGCCUGUGUGCCCCCGUCUGCAGCGUCGAUGUCUGGGACAUGUUCGACACCGGGGUUUGCAGGAGGCACGGAGGGGGCAAGGGGGAGAUGUUCCAGCCUUGCUGUGCAAGUCCAAAAAAAUCGCACGGAGAAACGAUCGCCGCCCAGGAGCCCAAGGUGGGGCGGGAGGGAGAUCAGCUGAAGUUUGUGUGCGACGUCAGUGGCUGCAAUCGCUCCUACAUCUGGCUGAGCAGCCUGAAGAGGCAUGUGAGCUUCUCCCAUGGAGCCUGCGACGAAGCUGUGACGGAGGAACGUGACCUCGUGAAGCCCGCGGAAGGAGGCAACGCCGUUGACGAAGCCGAGACGGUCGUACCAAGGCAGUCGUCGUCGGAGGUGCAGACUCCAAAACAAAAGGUGGAGAGUGUACGGGCUGACUGUACCCAUAACAAGCGUGCCAAGUGGCCUGCUAUAUACAAAAACGACAAGUAUAUCUGCUGCAAGUGUUACAAGACGUUCGACAACCCGCAACAACUGGGCGGCCACCUGUCUGCCAGGAAAAAUUGCAUACCUUCCCCACUGUGGAUGAGCGAUGGUGGUGAGCAGAAACAAUCAAUGAGCGUUUUUGAUGGUAGCGUGGACAAACUCAUGGAGGUGGGAGGAGACGCCCCGUGUGAGUUGGGGCUUUCGAGCGUUGUCAGUGAUAAAGAUGCAACUUCUGAAGAUGUUACUCGGUCAAAAAAAGACUGCCUUGCUCAAAAGUUGUCAGCACCUGAGUUGGAUAUGUUGGGAAAUGAGACCCAGAUGAGAGUUCAGCAGUGGCCACACGUAACAGACAAAGCUUGUCGCAGUGGCUGUGUUUCCCCUUCCAAUAAAGGGUGCACGUUGAAGCCUUGCGGAGAAGGUACACAAAUGGAACAGCAAGAAACUACAUCAAAUCUGGUUGUGGAGCGGCAGGGUUCCCCGCCCAGUUUGAGCUCCGCCGACAGUGAAGUUUGCGAUGGAACGAUUUCCAUAACUAAUGUUUGCAGCCUCUCUCGGAGCGCCGAGGCGGAGCACAUCCAGUCUGAAGGGAGCUGCCCUUCAACGUCUUCUAACACGCCACGAGACUUUUGGAAAACUUAUGAAAGCGACCCACGGAUGGCUCGCGAGCAGGCCCUAGUAGCAAGAGGAGAGACCAGUGUAAGUGCACCCACCGCUUUUAUAUGUCCCCCUCCAAACCUUUUGAGCAUCUCUCAAGGACCAGCCGAACACAACAAGACCGCCUUCAUGGACCCUCAAUUCACAACCAAGGCAAUCCGCAUGGUGAUGGGCCACCAUUCGAUUUUGGAUGAAGAUGACGUUGACCCAGGAGUCUCCGAUUCCGUUGAAGUAAAUGCUUCUCCGAAGCAAGUUGACGCAAUGCGCUCGAUGGGAUUUCCUGCAAGAGUGACGGGCAAACGUAUCCCCUGCUGCGUUGCUUCCUGCCAGUACAGAGCGGCAACACGGCACACUCUGUUAGGCCACUACAUUAAUUGUCAUGGCUACAGCAGGGAGGAAAGCUACAGGCUUGCUGAGAACCAAAGCAUGCCCCAGCCCGUCAAGUCCUUCACCACGAACACUCCAGUGGAGUCGCAUCGCCAAACGAAUAAGCCACAUGUGGGUGGUCUCUGCGGCAGGCCUCCUAGUGACGUGGCAGCAUCCGGUGAUGAUUUUGGAGGAAACGAGGGUGCAUCCAGCAAGAAUUGGCUCGAUCAGGUGGCCGUGCAAGGGCACUGCGAGCAAGGCCCAGUGAGUUCAGGAGGUGAAAGUUCACACACGUUAAUUUCCCAGCAAAUUGCUCAGGCCAGGCACAGGUGGCCCCGCAAGGCACACACAGAAAUGCUACUAAAGCAACCCUAUGACCUGGCCUGCGCGUGGGAAGAUGGCAAGGCCGCAUUGGCCGGGAUGAGGAAGAAGGUACCGAAGAAGCUCAUGUGUGGAAUUAAUGGCUGCACGCGUGUCUACACGUGUCCAGGGAGCCUGAAGCAGCACGUGGCUGUGUCGCACAAGGAAUACAAGCGGGUUGCGUCCCCGCAGCAGUACAUGCUCCCAGAGUCGCUGGUCAUCGAGCACAAUAAGGCCGGGGCGGACACGCUGCUCACGCUGCAGAGAGAGAAGCAGGAGACGUGGAGUCCCUGGCUGGCGCAGGAGCAUGACAGAUUGCUCAGUGGGUGCUCCCACAACCGCUACGCCAAGUGGCCGGCAAUCUACAAAAAUGGGAAAUACGUGUGCAGCAGGUGCUACAGAGCGUUCGAUAGUCCAAAGUCUCUGGGCGGGCACCUAGCUCACAAGACAAACUGUGUACCUCCCUUCACGAGCCCAUUCUCAGAGAGAGGUCACCCGCCAUGCCAAAUGCGUCCGGUGACAGCUGAAGCGGUCAGUUAUGUGGUGAACAACUCGGCCGCCAGUGAGUUCUGCAUUGUGGCUGUGGAAGGUGGCGCUAGCUUUGGUGUUGAUCUCGGAGCUACAGACGGUUCACAAGUGGGACGUGGUGAAAUCAUGAACUCGCAAUUGACUGCGGACUCUGGCUUACACUCGCAGGUUAUCUCAAACAGUGAGUGCAUUGACAACAGCGACUUCACCAUCACGAACGUUUGUAGUUUAUCAACCAACGCAGACCCAAUUUUCUACAGAUCUAAAGAUCCCUUGACUGAGGGCAGCAGUAACCCGGCGGGCGUGUUUCCAGGAGCGGCGGGGCGGCACAUUAUCCCCAGCCUAAAUCCGCAACACAUGCCUCUCACCGGCCGCAGAGUGCACACUCAACCCAGACCAGGCUUACAGGGUGAACGUUACUCUGAGCACACCGACGUGCGGACCGCGAGGCGCUUCAACAACGGCAGCGGUGAACCUGACGGGAUGCCCCCUGCUCGUGAAACGAAUUCCGAAAGUCACGUUUGCCGAGUGCCGCAUUGUAAAUUCGAGGACCUCUCCAGGACAGCGCUGCUCGCCCACUACGCCGAGGGUCACGCGGGGGAGGAGCGCGUUGCCGAGCCGCCCACCGUGCCGUUCGGAUGCCUCUUCAAGGACUGCGACGCCAAGUUCCCCGGCCACCGCGGCCUGAGGCUUCACUACAAAAGCCGGCACAAGGUGAACGACCAGCAGCUGGAGAAGCUGUGCGUCGAAACCGCGGACGUGCGCGCUGCGUCGCCGGGAUUCUCGCCCGUCGAGUGCAGCGUAGUGGAGAUGGCGGUGCCGGUGGCGGCGGCGGAGGAGGAGGAGGAGGAGGGGGAUCGAGCCGCUGGCCCUGCGCUGCAGGCCUCCGGGCUGCCGCGCCCUGCGGACGAAGCGGCCGUCACGUCCCCGCUCCUGCUCAUCGUGAUGGUCGAGGCGGACGAGGGCCGCUGGCCGGGGGAAGCGGCGCCCGCGCGAGGGCCCGCGGGGAAAUCCGGGCGCCUUCCCCGCGUGGGCGAAGGGGCGCCGUCGAUUGCCGACGCCGGCCCAAAAUGGGCGGACCGAAGGCCGAGAGAUGCACUCUGAAUUGGACGGUUUUUUUUGCAUCAAUCACCUUUGAAAAACGUUUGUUAAAAGUGGUAAAAUGACAAAAGUUUCGCGAGUCACGAAAUGUAAUGAAGGAUGAAUAACUCUUGUCGAAUUAUUUUUUCAGAGACGUUUUGGAGUGUUUAAGGCCAUUUUAAAUUUCAGAAGCAACUUUUUUCUUGUGUUCCCAGUUAAAUUAGCUUCAUUUAAAUGGCAUAAACCCCA